UCCAGAAAAUACUCUUGCGAAGUGAGAAAAAAUUAUUGUUUGUUUAUCAUACGUGUUUGUGCAUAGCUAUAGAAGGUAAGUAAAUUCCCUAUUAUUGUGUUUCUUGGGUUACCACAACCAUAACGAUAAAUUAAGGACAACGAAAUGCAAGUGAAUACUCGUACAGGGGUUUCUUGUAGCUAUCUGUAGGAGCAGAUCGUUCAGUUCAGUUGAGCUAAAGAGACAAAAUCAACAACAGCAAAAUGUCGUGGCAAAGUGUCCCUCAAUAUCCUCAAUACCAAGAUCCUAAUCAGCAGUACAACUAUGGUGGUGGGUAUCCGCCGCAGGGUGGUGGUUACCCGCCACAAGGUGGCUAUGGCGGUGGACCGCCACAAGGUGGCUAUCCACCAUACGGUCAGGGCGGUGGUCAGCCGUACCCGGCAGGACCUUAUGGACAGGAUCCAUAUGGUCAAGGCCCGCCACCCGGAGCCUAUGCGCCUCAACCAGGAUUUGUUCAACCACCUACACCUUCUGGCUACGGGGCCUACGAUGAUCCUGAAGGGCAACCCAAGAACUUCUCCUUUGAUGACCAGAGCAUUCGUCGCGGAUUCAUACGCAAAGUUUAUAUUAUUCUAAUGGGUCAACUUAUGGUCACGUUUGGAGCUGUUGCACUGUUUGUAUACCACAAUGGCACUAAGGUGUUUGUCGAACAACAUAGGUGGCUCGUGUGGGUGGCUCUGGGCGUCUUGAUUGUGACAAUGCUGUGCAUGGCCUGCUGCGAGGGUGUGCGCCGCCAGACACCAACAAACUUCAUAUUCUUAGGAAUAUUUACAAUUGCGCAAUCAUUUCUACUAGGCGUAACAGCUACUCGCUAUGCUCCAACAGAGGUUCUAAUGGCGUUGGGUAUUACGGCUGCAGUUUGCCUUGCUCUAACGAUCUUUGCAAUGCAAACCAAGAUUGACUUCACCAUGAUGGGAGGAAUAUUGCUGGCCUGCAUGGUAGUCUUUAUGAUAUUUGGAAUAGUGGCCAUAUUCUUCAAGGGCAAAAUCAUAACGCUCGUCUACGCAUCCUUUGGGGCGUUGCUCUUCUCCGUGUAUCUCGUAUACGACACUCAGUUGAUGAUGGGCGGCGAUCACAAGUACUCGAUAAGUCCCGAGGAGUACAUUUUUGCAGCUCUGAAUCUCUAUUUGGACAUUGUCAACAUUUUCAUAUACAUUCUGACCAUAAUUGGGGCUUCGCGGGACUAAACCCGCGCCUAAAUCGCAUGAGCCUUUGGCCAUUUUUCAUUUAACAUUAACAGUCUAAAUCGAAAACCGGAAAUAGCUUAUUAAUAUUGCUCUUUACUAAAGUUAUACUUGUAUUACUUAUAAUCGUAUAAUCUCAUUUACAAAUUGAAGAAGUCCGAAAAGAAAGCGUUUGGGAAUUAUUAUGUUGAGCUAUUUUGUUGCCGAUAAUAAUCAGUUAAUAUAUAUAUUUUAUUCGUUGCCCAUUUCCUUAAAAAAAGUGUAUUAAUAUUAAGGUGAAAUUUAAACAAAAUUCUUGUUUGUUAUGCAUAUCAAUGCAGUAAUAUUUAUGUCGAUUAAUUUGAUGUUAUGUACUUCAAAAUUGUUCUUAAGACUUUGCAUACCUGAUAUUGAUUGAUGUUCCAAACCAAAUAAUACCACGUACAUACAAUAAAACUACAAUACAAUACAUGCAUACAAAUAAACAUAAACAAAAUUAAUUUAUAUAUACAUAUAUAUGUAUAUGUAUGGUAUACGUACAGAAUAUGCAGCAGUUGUUUCGCUUGCAGUAGUUAAUCAAGUAAUACGUAAAAUUUGCAAACUGCAGAUGUGUCAGGAAACCCCCAAUAAUUCUACUCUAUAUUGUGCAACGACACUGUGGUAUAAAGUCAACAAUAAAAUGAAUCUAUUUAUUUAUUAAACAAUAA